AUGAGUCAACGUACAGAAAGAAGAAAGUCCAAAAUGAAAAAAAAAUUAGGAAUGAAAGCAUUUAAUUAUGAUUGUAGUGACGUAUUUAAUAACGAUCAUCGUAUUUCUAUUGGUCUUAUGGAUAUUGAAUGUAAGUUUUGCAAAGCGUUAAAAUUUCAAGAUGAAUCUGAUAACAUGUGUUUUGGAAAGGGGAAGGUAAAUUUGCCUGAUUUGACUAUUCCCGAAGAGCCAUUAUCAACGUAUCUAUCUGGAACAACAAUUGAAUCAAAACAUUUUCUAAGUAAUAUUAGAAAAUAUAAUUCGUGCUUCAACAUGACUUCAUUUGGUGCGAACAGAAAGAAAGAGUCGGGUUUUCAAACUACAUUCAAAAUUCAAGGACAAAUUUAUCACAGAAUAGGAUCUCUUCUUCCAUAUGAUUGUGAAUCAUCAUUUUUACAAAUAUAUUUUAUUGGUGAUGAUGAUAUACAAUCACAACGUAGAUGUUCGAUCGUUCCCAAUGUGCAACACGAAAUAGUUCAAUCUUUACAAAAUUUUCUAAAUGAACACAACGCAUUAAUAAAACUUUUCAAAACAUCAUUAGACAAUAUGCCGAGUGACGAAUGCCAAAUUGUACUUCGUGCCGACAAAAUACAUUCAAGUGAACACGAAAGACGUUUUAAUUUACCAGUUGUAAAUGAAGUAGCUGCUAUAAUUAAUGGGAAUGAAUUUUCAAAACGCGAUAUUGUGUUACAAAAACGUAGUAAUGAGUAUGUAACGGUCCAAGAAACCCACAAAUCGUAUGAUGCUUUACAAUAUCCAUUGAUGUUUUGGAUGGGGGAAGAUGGAUAUCAUUUUGAAAUAUACGAAAUAAAUCCAGUUACAGGUUUGUCAACAAAGAAACGUGUGUCAUCAAUGAAAUUUUAUGCAUACAGAAUGAUGAUACGUACAAAUCCAGAAAAUCAUUUAUUACAUUAUAAGCAAUUGCUAAAUCAAUUUAUAUUUGAUAUGUAUGCAAAAAUUGAAAAUGAACGUUUACGCUAUAUACGAUGCAAUCAAAAAGCUCUUAAAGUUGAACAGUAUAUUCAUUUAAAAGAUGCAUUUGAAAAUGAUGAAAAUGUUUCAGAUAUUGGUCAAAAAUGUAUAUUACCAGCAAGUUUUAUAGGUAGUCCACGACAUAUGCAUGAAUAUAUACAAGAUGCUCUUUGUUACGUUAGACAUAAUGGAAAGCCAUGUUUAUUCAUUACAUUUACAUGUAAUAUUCGAUGGACAGAAAUCACCAAUUUAUUGUUGGCUGAUCAGCAACCAAGUGAUCGCCAUGACUUAAUAGCAAGAGUAUUCAAAUUAAAAUUAAAUGACACUUUUAUUCACUAUAUUAUUCAAAAUGUAUUUAAAUUGCUGUUGCUUACAUAG